AAGGAUGAAUAAAGUUUGUAGAAAAUAAACCAGGGCUUGGUGCAAUCAUUUAGUGAUUUUAACGAAAAACUUAAUUAAAAUAAUGUCCAAAUUAUACUCCUUGGAUGAUUCGCCAGUAUUCUGCUCCAAAGUUUGGGGAUCAAACUUCUCUUCGCCAUACAUUCCCAAGAGUGAACCAUUCGAAGAUCCACGGACAGAAAACCUAAGGAAACUGUCUUAUGGAGUGAUAUUACCAAUUAUCUGUACAUUAGGAAUACUGGGCAAUGUAUUGAAUCUCAUAGUUUUGACAAGAAGAAACAUGAGAGGGACAGCCUACAUCUACAUGAGAGGAUAUUCAGCAUCAGCACUUCUAGCUAUAAUAUUUGCAAUUCCUUUUGGAAUUCGUUUAUUGUUUCACCAUGAUGGCGGAAGAUGGCAGCAUUUGGGUGAAGCUUUUUAUACGGCACAUUUUGAAUUAUUUCUAGGGAAUGCGUGUCUAGGUGUUGGUGUAUUAAUGCUUCUAGUUUUAACAAUCGAGCGAUAUGUCAGCGUAUGCCAUCCAUCCCACAUGAGACCGGCACUUGGACCACCAAGAGUAACAGUCAUUUUACUUCCGAUCCUGACAUUCGUAAUUUACCUACCAAGUUUAUUUCGAUAUGAAGUCGUGAAAUGUGUCUUAUUCGCUGAUGGAUCAAUUACUUAUUACAAACGUGAUAAUACGGAAUUUCUACAAACAAUAUUCUACUCGGUAUACAAAGUCAUAUUGGAAAUUGUAUUCAAAUUAGCACCGACCCUCUUAAUAGCAAGCCUUAACAUUCGAAUAAUGAUUGUUUAUCGCCAAACAUGCAAUAAGCGACGAAGGAUGACAUUGUCUCAUACAAAAGACGACGAUUCGAGAAAGUUUGCUGAAGAAAGAAGAUUAAUGUUUCUCUUAGGUAGCACUUCAUUGCUUUUUCUCGUUUGCGUCUCACCCAUGGCCAUUCUACACGUAACCUUAUCUGCAGAAAAUCUCUCGAGCUAUUCUUAUCAAGUGUUUCGUGCUCUAGCAAACUUAUUAGAACUUUUGAACUACUCGAUGACGUUCUACAUUUAUUGUUUGUUCAGUGAAGACUUUCGCAACACGCUGUUGAAAACAAUGAAGUGGCCGUGGUGUGGGGAUAAGAGCAAUUCUAAACGCAAUAAUGAUUUUCGAUUGACAACAACGCAACCCAUCAUUACCCAACAUAAGCUGGCUGUCGCUCAGCAAUUUCACCAACACAGCACAUCAGGAUUUGUGACUGGAAAUGGGAGGUCGAGCAGCAUCUGAUGUCCUUUGCUUUCAAGCAACUUCAAUAAUGAAAUGUCAACGGUUUAAGUUUCUGCACGCUGCGAUUUUGAAGAACUUUUUCUUCAUUUUAUAAUGUAAAUAAUGAUGGUAAUGAACCUG